AUGUAUACUGUGUCUACUAGUGAUGAGGGUGACUGUUAUCUGUGUGUUCCGCCUGACCCGGGCAUUGAGGCUGCUGCUCUAGGUGUUGGUGAGACUACUGCUCUAGGUGCUAGUGCGCCUGCUCCCCCAGGUGUUGGUGAGUCUGCGCUCUCUGGUACUACGUCGGCUAAGGCAUUUCACACCUUCCCCCUUGACUCGGGUGCUUCCCGCUCCUUCUUUCGAGACCGCACCUUGCCUACGCCGCUUAGUCGGCCGGUUGCGGUCUCCCUGGCGGAUCCCUCUAGGGGUCCUGUCCUUGCUCGCUUCUCCACUGUCUUACCGUGUCCGGCAGCCCCCUCUGGCACCCUGUCAGGUCUCUACCUCCCCUCUUUCUCUACGAACUUGGUGAGAGGAGCUGAUCUACAGGAUAGGGGGGUUGACCUGUUCACUCCUGCGAGUCAGCGGGUGACCCAAUGUACACUCUCCUUUGGCACCACCGCCUUGGUCACCCCUCCCUGCCUCGUCUCCGAGGCAUGGCCUCUCGUGUCCUUGUCUUUGGUCUUCCCCGGUCCCUCCCUCCCCUACUUCCGGGGCCUGUCCCUAACCUGCGUUCCCUGCGGCCGCGCCCGCGUCCGUGGCCAGGGUCACGAGCGUUACUUCCUGUUGGUGGUUGACGACUACUCCCGUUACACCACGGUGUUUCCCUUGCGCAGCAAGGGUGACGUCACUAAGGUGUUGAUCGACUGGAUUCGCGCAGCUCGUCUCCAGCUCAGAGAGAGUUUCGGCUCGGACUUUCCUGUUCUGCAUCUGCAUUCUGAUAGAGGCGGGGAGUUUUCCUCUGCCCGUCUAGGAGCCUUCUGUCGUGCACAGGGCAUCCGCCAGACCUUCACGCUUCUGGCAUCUCCACAGCAAAAUGGGAUUGCUGAGCGCCGCAUUGGCAUGGUCAUGGACGUCGCUCGUACGUCCAUUAUCCAUGCGGCCGCCCCCCAUUUUCUGUGGCCGUUUGUGGUUCAGUACGCAGCGCAUCAGCUCAACCUUCAGCCCCGGCCUAGGUGGUAUUUUUACCACCCCACCUCGUGCCGUGUUUUGUCCUCCCAGGAUGUCACCUUUGACGAGUCGGUACCUUACUACCGUCUCUUCCCCUACCGUACUGCGCCCCUCCCCCCGCCGCCGCUUUUCCUUGCGCCAGGUCCUCCCCCGGUAGACCCCCUUCCCCCUCAGGGUCCUGCCCCGUCAAGUGUGUCCCAGGUAGAUGCAGUUGAGCCUAUCGAGGUAGCUGUUGACUCUGGUGCUGCUAGAAGUGUUGAGCCUGUGGGUGCCGGGUCUGGAGGUGCUGAGCCUGGGAGUGCGGAGCCUGGGGGUACUAAGUCUAGGGGUGCGGAGCCUAGGGGUACUGAGCCUGGGGGUGCUGAGCCUGGGGGUGCUGAGCUUGGGGGUGCUGAGCUCGGGGGUGCGGAGCCAGGGGGUGUUGGGUCUGCUCGUGUGGCCUCUCGCGGUGCUUCGUCGAGGUGGGAGCUACUCUCUCCGCAGGAGCUGCGCGAGUGGUUUGCCCGGCGCUGGAGCCGUGCUGCUGGAGCUGGAGGUGCUACUAUUGCUGCUGGUCGUGGAGGUGCUCGUACUGACGGUACUGGAGCUGCUGGGACUGGGGGUGCUGCUGGGGUUGCUGGAGUUGGUCCUGCUGGACGUACUACUGGAGCUGACGGUCCUUGUGGAGCUGGAGCUACUAGAGCUACUGGAGCUGGAGCUGCUGGGGGUGUUGGCGCUGGUGGUGCUGCUGGCGCUGGUGCUUCUGAGGGUGCUGGGGUUGGCGCUGUAGGAGCUGGAGGUACUGCUGGCGGUGGGGGUACUGGUGCUGUCCCUGUUGGUCCUGGAGUCUGA